GUAGCUUGAUCAAAGCUAGGUCCACGGACUUGCUAGGCCAUGAAAAGAAAAAAUUAAAUUAAAAAAAAAGAAAUAUGGCGUAACGUGAUUGCUACACAUGUGUCAGUGAAUUCGAUCUCAAGCAGCUUCAGCGCAUUACCAAAGGUUGAAAUCGAUUCAAAUAUUUUCACUAUCACCAAGAGAGAAAGGAAAGACUAGAUACCUAUAUGACGUAUUUAUUACAUCACAAGGAUGACCGUGGAUUUUGAUGCUAUGGUGUGUGCCGUCGAAGACUGUGGUGUGGAGUGCGUAGUUCGUGAUUGCACUUCACGAGAUGCCCAGCCAAAGUUUAAGCUUUCUCUUCACCCAUCGACGACAGUUAUUGAUAUCUUCAACUAUGUAGCUCAACAUUAUUCCUACGAUGUGGACAGCUUUGAGCUGGUGCUACAAAGUGCACGUGGUGAAGUGGUCGAGCUAAACGAAGUAAAGGAAAAAAACCUGAUGGAAAUUGGAUUGAAUUUUAGUAACGAGACAAAGUACACACUGGUCGUGAGUGACGUUUCUCGCCACGCUUCAAAGGAUGCAGCGGCCAACAGAACUAUUUCAUCCAUCAAGACUCCACUGUUUAGUCCAUCCUCUGGAGAUUACAACCGACCAGCUCCAGCAUUCCAGUCACAAAUCCAGGAGUUCACUUUUAAUCAUAAAAGUGUCAUCAAGCCUGAGACUAGUUACGUCGGUCUGGUGAAUCAGGCAAUGACGUGUUACCUAAACAGCCUUUUGCAAGCCCUCUACAUGACCCCAGAGUUUAGGAAUGCUUUGUACAACUGGGAAUACGUCGAUGGUUCAGAGAAAGAUGAGGCCAAAAGUAUUCCAUAUCAACUGCAGAAAUUAUUUCUAAAUUUGCAGACGUCAACAAAGCCUGCAGUGGAGACUACUUCUUUAACGAAAAGCUUUGGUUGGGACUCAACGGAAGCAUGGCAACAGCACGAUAUACAAGAGUUGUGCCGAGUGAUGUUUGAUGCCCUGGAACAGAAGUUUAAAAACACACAGCAGGCUGACCUGAUCAAUAGGCUUUACGAAGGAAAGAUGAUCGACUAUGUAAAGUGCCUAGAAUGUAGUACUGAAAAGUCUAGAGAGGAUACUUUUCUGGACAUUCCUUUACCUGUUCGGCCAUUCGGCAGCAAUGUCGCGUACAAUAGCGUGGAGGAAGCCUUGCGAGCGUUUGUGCAACCUGAAACACUGGACGGGACAAAUCAGUAUCAUUGUGAAAAGUGUAACAAAAAAUGUAACGCACAUAAGGGGUUGAAAUUUUCAAAAUUUCCGUACCUUCUUACAUUACAUUUGAAGCGAUUUGACUUUGACUACAAUACUCUCCACAGAAUCAAGCUGAAUGAUAAGGUAACGUUUCCCGAUGUUUUAAAUCUCAAUUCCUUUGUCGCAUCAACAUCUGCUCACGAGUCUCCAGGUAGAGAGGAGGACACUGGCGUUGGAGUAAAGUGUGAUGAUAGUUCAACGACAGACAGUGGAACAUUAGACGACGAAUGUCCCCCGUGUGAUAACAGCAGUGCAAGUACUAAUCAAUCUACAAAUCACGAUCAAGAUGAUGAUGAAGGUAUAGAUGUAAGCAAUGGACCCUCAACCUCAAGUUGCAGCAAUCACAAUCAUGAAAAUGAAAAGAAUUCUGGAAAUCGUGCAAUUGAUAAAGGUCCAUAUCAGUACGAACUCUUCUCCAUCAUGAUUCACAGUGGGAGUGCAAGCGGGGGUCAUUACUACGCGUAUAUCAAAGAUCUCAUGACUCAAGAAUGGUUUUGCUUUAAUGAUCAGAGUGUCACGAGGAUAACUUAUGACGAUAUUCAAAAGACAUAUGGUGGUGGACCUACUCGAGCUUAUUAUAGUGGAGCAUACAGCAGCAGUACAAAUGCUUAUAUGCUUAUGUAUAGACAAAUAGAUCCACAUCGUAACAAGCUGCCGAUGCAAGCAGUAAACUUUCCCAAACACAUACAGGAUCUUUUGAAGAAAAUGAAAGAAAGUGAAGAAAACGACCGAAAGAACAGAGAAAAACAGAUGUCUAUGUGCAAGCUUAAAGUGUAUUGUCAUCACCCGGAAGAGGGCAGGCUCACAGAUGCAAAACUUUACGUAUUGCAAGAUGAAACGUUACAAGAAACGACAGAGGUGGCUCACAGAAGGCUUGGUUUAGAAGGAAUAGUAAAGCUAGAUCAAUGUCGAUUAGUUAGUUACGAUCAUAACGAAGAUUUGAUCGAACGAAGCUGGGAAGGAUCCGAGUUGAUGGAACCGAUCGGUGACAUUUGGCGUAAUAACAGCCGGUUCGAUCUCCUGCUUCAAAUACGUCGGAAGGACGAGCAGUUUGAGACUUAUUUGCCAGGAGGUGUUGCAACGAAAGUAUUUGUUGUUGAUAUUGAUAAAGAAGAAGUUGUUGACGGUCCGAUAAGUGUGCGAGGUUUAUUAACUCAGACCAUCAGAGAAUACAAACUCGAGUUGUCAAAACUGUUAAAAUUGGAUGCCAAGCAGAUAAAAUUAGUCCUACAAAAAUAUCCUUCAGACAGCCGGUUGCUAGAUAAAGAUGACAAUAUGCUUCAAUCUGAGGGAUUUUAUGGUCCGAAUAAAAUUUUCGUUGCCACAGCUUUGGACACAGACGAAACGAAACCUUUCCACGAAUCUAAACUCCAAAAGAUUAUUGAAAAUUUCGAGUACAUCAUCUCCCUUCGCGUAUUGUUACCUGACACAAGCAAAGAAACAUUAGACGAUUUGAAUAUUCCAUCCCUCGAGGAGACACGCAAGGGGCAAGAAAAAUCGAUAGCGAAUGGUCCGAUAAAAUCAUCUCUUGGUGACAUGAUGAAGACGAUGAUGACAAAGAACAGCGAACAAACCAAACCCAGUUGCGGAAUCGAGGAAACACCUCCGAAGACUAAUACCUCUGCGCAGCUUGGAGAGGGCGAAGAUUGGAAUACACCUGAGCAGAGCAACAGCGAGGAUAGCAGUCUGAGUGAUAGUGAACGAACGUUAAUGGGGGAUGUUCCCGAUUAUACUAAUUGCGUAGAACCUCAAUUCCCCAAUUCAGGAAUAGUUUUUGACUACGCCCCACCCAAAUUGACUCGUAUGGAAAAUUGGGAUAUCGAUGAUGAAUCUGAUUACUAUUUCAAAGCUAUUCCUCACUCAGAAGAUUCGCAAAAAUUACUUAAAGUACUGGUGGAUAAGAGAAUGCAGUUGAGCACCCUGAAGAAGGACCUUGAGCCGCUCGUGGGUGUUCCAGUAGAGUAUUUCAAAGUCUUCCGGCACUCGUCGGACUCCGGGGAAACAGAGUGCAGUAGACUAACUGAACAAUUAAGUUGUUAUCAAGACGGCGAGAGACUCAGUGUGAAAUUAGGACGUGCUUUACGCAGUGGAGAGUUCAAAGUCAAGCUGUUCCAGCUACUUAUUCAUUCCACUGAGCCGUUUAAAUUUUUGUGCGAUUGGAUAGUAUCUAAUGAAAUGACAGUUGGUCAGGCAAAGAAGGAAAUUCUAGCUGAAAUAAAAAGAAAGUAUAAUAUUGACAUACCGUACGAAAAGUGUCGUUUGAGGAGGAAAAAUUACAAGACAGCGUCAAAAGUAUGUUUAGACGAAGAAAAGUUCGAAGUAUUACGUUUAUAUACACAAUGCGAAUUAUUCGUACAAGAACUACCUGACAAGGAGACAGUCAAAGAUUACAACCAGGUUGUUCUGUUUGUGAGGAAGUGGUCACCUUCCCAAAUGCAACUAACUCCAUUCGAAGAAAUCACGAUGAAUGGAAAGUCCAUUGAAGAACUGAAAGAAAAGUUAUCCUCGAUAUCAGAUAUACCGGCGCAGUACAUAGAGGUAGCCAAGGGUAGAAACGCAUUUCCCUGUGAUAUCUCUGUACUUCAGGUGCAAAGUGAACUAAACUGGAAUCACCAAGCAACAACUAUAGAUACCUUACCACUUAAUCUUGAAGACGGCUCAGUUGUGUACUUUAGGGAUAGCAGAGAAGAACCUAAGCAGUUGAGCUCCGAAGAGCUCAAGGAGAUAGCAAGCAAAGAGAGUUCGCGUCUGACGUCACUCUCGUCGACGUCAAGUUAUAGUCCGCGGCGAGAGCGAGCGCUAAAAAUAUAUUUGGACACCAAAUGAUCCCCGAACUGCAUUUGAUGUUGAUUAUACGCUGCUGCAGUAAGCUAGGAUUCAACUAACGUGUUUGAACAGAUUUACUUAUUUUUGGUGCCCAGUUUCAGCACGAUAUCAAGAGUCCGUUCAGUACCUAAGAGACCUGAUUAAUAUCAAGGGAAAAAUUCGAUAAUACGAUUACUUUUUCUAAUACGAAAUUGUGGGUCUAUGUGUAUAAUAAAAGUCGCAAGAACUACAGUUCCGCAGUUUGAUCGUGUUUUGCAUUUGUUAUAUAUAUAUAUAUAGAUCACCAUUUAAAAACUUGUCUCAUACUUGAAAGUGUUUAACAUCCAAGUUUUGUCAUUCAUAUACAUUUUUACUAUUGGUAUUAUUUACUUUUUUCCUGAUGUUAGAGUUGAACGGACUAUGUAUAAUAGUAAGCCUAUUAUGUCGAUGCUAUCGAAUUCAAUUCAAUAUUAUUGAACGGACUAUGUAUAGUAAUAUGCCUAUCACAACGAUGCGAUAAAUUCAAUUUAAUAAAUCGACAAAAUACCUUCACGUAUUGAUGAUGCUGGUUUGGAAAGUUCUUAGGACGGUGAUGAGUUGUUAGUAAAAAAAAAAGAAAAAAAAAAAGAGAUAAAAAUGCGAAUAAAAAUAUUUGUUUUCUAAUCAUCUAUCAUUACAACUUUGCAAGCUCCCCGAAAGUCACCGUGUUUCAUAAUCUCACAAUUGUUAUGUUAGUGAUUGUUCAUAUUUAUUACUUGUUUGUGGCUCUGGCAGUAAAUAGCCUGAUUCCAGAGAUUGUAUUUGUAUUAUCUGACCUUCUGAUCCUACGAACUUGCCACUUUUCCUUAAUACUCACCGAUUCUCUAUGUCUUCUCAGUUUUUUUGAUUGUCAGAGUUUGUAGCAGCGUACCAAUUAUUGAUCGGCGUUUACCAUAAAUGGCAGUUGAGCUCUCGACAUUUUUUUUUUUGUUGUUCUGGCUGAAAUGUAAUAUACAUAUUAUAAUCUUCAAUGUUAUUCAUUCUGGAACUUGUACAUUAGAUCUGUAUUUUUUCAAUCGCGCCGUUAUCAUGUACAAAUUACAUACAGGCAGUGAGCAUAAGAGCUCCGGCAAUUGUUAUUGCUUGCACGCCACCCAAAGAGAGAAGAACUUUCUUCUUAGUAUCUUUGGUUUUUCAUAUAUAUAGGGUACAUAUGUAUGUAUAACUGUAAAUAUUUGUGAAAUAAGUAAGCCUGUAAUACCUGUUUCAUGACGUGUGUGUGUAGUGUGUGUGUGUGUGUGUGUGUGCGCAUGUGUGUGUGACAUGGUAUGUAUUUUAUUAUUAGCGGCAUGCUGUUUUUCAAAAAUAACUUAUUAAUGACAAUUGGCCUUUAUCUUUCCGCGUAAUGUACUAAGAAAAAAAAAACUCGACAUUAAAAUUGGUCCAACACGAUCGUCGAAGUAUAAACGUCUCUCUGAAUCCCAUUGUUAUUGUAAAU